UUGAUGUUGUGCGUGUGUGUGUGAGUGAGGCAUCAAACUGAACUGUCAAAACUGAUUUUGUCCCUGCAAAAUAAAGGCACAUUGUUUACUUUUGUCAAGAAGAGGCUGGAUAUUUUGUUAAAGACCACCAUGGCAAAUGCUCACGCGUUUUUAGUGGUUGUUGUUUUGUUCUGUGCAUAUUUUGGAGGAGUAAGUGCAAUCACAUAUUCAGCCGGUCUCGCAAUCGUUGUGAUGUCCAUGAUCAUCCCUGGACUAGUAAUCCUCACAUGCAUCAUUGGUUCCAUCUUCCUCUGCUGGAACCGCGACCGUAUCCCAUUGUUCCGCAGCAAACUAAAGGCACGCUCUAAACCGGACAAUAAGGUUCGGACCCCCAUAUCGCCUGGCCACGGUUAUCCCACACAGAGUUAUCCAGCCCAACCCGAGCCGGGGUCUCGGGACAAAGAUGAAGAAGUUGAAAUGAGGAGGGAACCUCUGGACGAGACGGAUUUGGUCGUUGCUGUUGAUGUGAAUGAAAAGGAUACGUGGAUGUAGCAAACAGAUGUUUCAACUUAACUUUUGAGCAGCUCAAUUUUUAACCAAAGAUUUUUUACAACUCAUUUUAUAGGUGUGAGGAUGGAGAAUUAUGAUUAUCACAACUACUCAUUGCUGAUGGAACAUGAAUUUGGAAACUUUAAAUGGUUUGCACAUUAAUGUCACUGAGACACAAUGGUUUUAUGUCCUUCUACAAAGUGUUGAACAAACUGUGAUGUCACCAGUGUUAACAGUCAAACUAAAAUCUAAGGCAAAGAAAUUAGAAUAUGCUUUCUUUUUAGCUGCAAAAGAAUUUUUUUUAAAAUUAACAAACUGGAUUGUUUAUAUAUGUUUUGUACAAAGUUUUCAACUGAAAUUGUAUUCAUAUUAUAGCCUAAAAAUCUGCAGUAACUGAUUUUUUAAAGAAUAAAUGUACUUGUAGAGUAUAAAAUACGCCUCUCUUAAUAUUUAUGCAUGACAUCACAAUAAACCCAAAACGAGGCUAUUGGCGCAGCCACAGCAACUUGGAUCGAGUGGCUGGUACUGUUGGUGGCAUGGCGUGCGCCGAUGGCCUCAUUAAAUUUGAGUUAGAAUGGUGACGUCAGUGCAUGAAUGUUAAGAGAGGUGUAGUCAUACAAUAGCUAUGGUAUUUUUGUAAUCUGCUUCUAUAUUUAAAGGUGAAGAGUUGACCCUUUUUGAUCCCAAAGGAGAAAAGGUUUAAAAGCAUUUAAACUGGAUGAUUUAUAUGUUUUGUACAGGGUUUUCAUCUGAAAUUUUAUUCAUUUUUCAGCCUAAAAAUCUGCAGUACUAGAUUUGUUUAAUAAUAUGUACUUGUGAAGUAUAAUAUUCAUUGGGUUUUUGUUAGUUUUGUUUAACAGCCACUUCUUGUUUAACAGUCCACUGCCUUUAAGCAAGCACUUGGCCAUUGCUUCGUCCUUCGGAUGGGACAUAAAGCCGUUGGUCCCAUGUGU